AUGUCAGAUUUAUGUCCUCUUACUUACACUAAUUGGAAGGCUAUACCAAAGAAGAAGGAGAACAUAUGGGCUUAUGUCAAUAAAAAAUACAUUGUUCCAGAAAAAGGAGAGAAGGUUGUAUAUGCUAUCAUAAAUGAUGCAUGGAGGCGGUACAAAUAUUCUAUUAAGAGAAAUCAUUUCACUAAGUAUGAAAACUUGCAUGAUCGGCUGAAAAACCGUCCAGAUAACAUACCAGAAGCACAUUUUAAGAAAUUAAUGAAUUAUUGGAGUUGUGAAAUCGUUCAAAAAAUUAGUCAGCAAAAUGCUAACAUUACAGCUCAACAAAAAUGUAGACAUCGAGCGGGUCCCAUAAGCUUUGCUAUCAUAAGGGAAAAACUGCGUGCAGCCAAGGAUGAUAGAGAGCCGCCGACUCAAGCUGAGGUUUUUAUUGAAACACGACAAAGCAAGAGAGGAAGUGAGCUAGACCAAGUUACAAGUAACACAAUCACAAAUCUUCAAAAUUUGAUUAUAAAUUCUGGUCAGUCUUCGGAUGAGGCAUUUCAAACUGUCUUCGGCAAAGAAAAACCAGGAAGAGUGCGCUGCCAUGGAAGAGUUACAACACCUUCUCUCUUGAAAAGAAAUAAAGAAAUAGCAGAAAUUGAAAUGAAGCAUGCUGCUGAAGUUAAAAAUUUAACUGAAAAGGUUCAAGAAAUGAGGGUAAAACAUGAAAUGUUGGAGACUAAACACAGUGAAGAAAUGUCAGCAAUAGAGAGAAAAUUGGAAGUUCUUCUAAGGGUCGUGCUAAUAAACCAAAGCAACUCAGGCCAUGAUAUGGGGGAUAUGGUAGCUUUGUUAUCAACCCCAAAUGAAAAUAACAAUGCUCUGCAUUCAUCUGCAUCUGCACAUGCCCUAAAUAAUCACGCGGUAAAUCAUAUCGCCAUGGGGGAAGAACAAUCAAACGAUGACUUGGAAGAAGAAGAUGAUGAACAAUUGUACGAUGACUUGGAAGAAGAUGAUGAACAAUUGUAUGAUGACUUGGAGGAAGAAGAUGAUGAACAAUUGUACAUUGACUCGGAAGAUGAAGACUAUACAGGCUGA